AUGCCAAACGACGGUUUGGCGAAGAAGCGGGAAACGCAACUGUACCAUCUUUGGCCAGUUUGGCCAAGACCGACUGAGCUGAACCGAGACGAGGCAUGCACCGAAUCCCGGCCGACUGGAAACAACGCCCUCCCCCCGGAACCCGCCAAGUUGCCGUGUCUGUCUGCAUGUGUACACGUUUGUGCAUGUGAGUGUGUGAGAGUGUGUGGGCAGGCGGUAGCUGACACGAGCAAGACGGACCGGCGACGGCCAGAGGCGGUGGGGAGGAGAGCGGUUUCCGGGUCAACCGACCACGACGACAGGACAUGUGGGAAUAAGAGGCCGCCCCUCCUCGGUCCGUCCGAGCAUGGCCUUGCGAAGGACCUUCGCCUCGAAUGGCUCGUCAAUGUCGUUGUCAUCCGCCCCUUUCAACCCUCCCUCGUCCACUCCUCCUCACACUCCACCUCCUCCUUCUACUCCCUUCCGACUCAAAAGAGAAUCACACGUUUUCGGCGCAAAAGUCGCUUCUUCUCUGUCCCCCGACCCAGACAAAAUGCCACCUUUUCAACGCCACUGAAAUGGGCCUGUCGUCGGAGAGGUUAA